AUGCAUCCAGCACAAUUAGCACAAGUACAAGCUCAACAAGCAGCACAAGCACAAGCUGCUUUGCAAUCAAUGCGUAAAAGAGCUCAAACGGAUAAUUUGGUGGGAGCAGGUAUUAGAGGUGCAAAACGUGGAAGGCCAACGACAAGAGCUUUGCCUCCUAGUAUCACUAGAUCUGUUCCUGAAAGUGCAAUGUAUCAAGAUCUUGUUCGGAUCGAAAGAGCAUUGGAUUGGACAGUAGCAAGAAAGAGAGCAGAAGUACAAGAUGCUCUAGGACGCAAUACAAAAGUCAAAAGAACAUUACGGAUCUUCCUUUCCAACACUUGCUCAAAUCAACCAUUCCAAAAUGCAGAUGGUGAUGAGACUAUGGAUGCAGAAGAUGGUGCUUCUACAUCUGCAGAUGCAGCUAAACCAACAUCAGAGGCAGACAAGCUAGAAGCAAUCCAACCUGAAGAAGUUGCAUCUUGGACUUUGAAAAUUGAAGGUCGCUUGCUAGAGCCAAGUUUCAAAUCCCGCGCCCACAACGCACAAGCAUUACAAGCAGCCCAAAGUCGUACAAAUGCAACAAAGUUCAGCAAUUUGAUUCGUACGAUUGUGGUUGAGCUGAUUCGUGACCCCACUCUAUAUCCUGCAGGUGAAAAUAUCGUAGAAUGGCAUAGACCUAUACCAACAGUGGCACCCGCUACUGCAAGCAUGCCUCCCGGUGGUGAGAAUGCAGUUCCGGGUCAAGGUUCAAUGGAUGUGCCUACAGUAGCCUCAGCCGAACCAGCUCUUGACGGGUUUGAAGUCAAACGAAAAGGAUCAAUCCCCGUCAAAGCUCGAAUUGUCCUCUAUCUCGCCCAUACGCCAGAACGAUAUGCUUUGAGUCCAGAACUUUCAGCUUUGCUUGACAUUCGCGAAGAUACACGACAGUCAAUCGUGGCAGCAUUGUAUGCUUAUAUCAAAGAACAUAAGCUCAUGUCUGAGGAGGAUCGUCGACUUGUGCUCUGUAACGAUGCUUUACGAUCCAUCUUCCGCACCGAGCGUAUCGCAUUCCAUCACAUCCCCGAAGUUGUUAAUCGACACUUGCACCCACCAAAUCCAGUCGUAUUGGAGUAUUGGGUGCGUACCGAUAAGGAAGAAUACAAGCAUCCUACUGCAUUUGAUAUCGAAGUAGAAGUGGAAGAUCAAGGUUUACGUAAAGUACAGGAUGAUGUAUUGCAAGGAUUCGAAACACGCGGCAGAGAGAUUUCCGAAUUGGAUGAUCGAAUCGCACAAGCAACACAAACGUUGGAGAACAAGACAUCAACCCGAGACUUUUUGUACAACUUUGCCAAAGAUCCACAUAAUCACAUUCAAACAUGGACUGCUUCUCAAGCACGCGAUUUGGAUACGAUUUUGGGUACGAAUUAUGCAACGGGAGGUCAUAUGCACAUAGGAACGGAAGAAUUAAGAAGAAGUGAAACUUUCACAGCUCCUUGGGUUGAUCAAGCCGUCAUCGUUCAUGAAGCUCAAAGGAUGGCCGAUAAGAUGGUCAAUUUGCAAAAAGCUGGCGUUCCGGGUGCUGGACCCGGACCUGGCAUUCCUCAACAAGGUCAUAUGCCUCAAGGUCCUAGCGGCAGUUCUACUCGUGGUGGUGGUCGUUAA